UGAAGCUGCUUUGAAAAAGCUGGGCGUAUACUGAAUUAACGCUGCAACUUGAAAUUUGCACUCAAACGGCAGCUUGUUUUCGCAUUCCCGUCAGUAGUGAUUUGGGUCCCAUUUCAAAAGGCCAAAGGGCUUUUUGUACUGUAUCAGUCUGUAUGCAUGGCAUGGCAACACUGCUUUUGCUUUGCAGAUUCUAACUUCUAAGAUCUAAGUUGUGAUUUUCCGUACGAGUAGCAAGCAGUACGGGAUCCUAAGGAUUCGCUGGUCGAUAUUAAUUAUCCAUCAUGGUUCGCUGUUGUAUUGUCGGUUGCAACAAUAACAGCGAUAGAAAGGAUUGCACGACUGUGGGACCCCAUUCGUUCCACAAAUUUCCAAAAGUAACUCUGCUUCGCGAUCGUUGGUUGCGGAGUAUCAACAGGCUGGAUUUCCAGCCUUCCGUUCAUUCUGCCGUUUGUUCUGAUCAUUUUGAAGCUAACUGUUUUAGUGCAUCUACUGCCAAAAACAGUUUAAAGCAAGGAUGUAUUCCUACCCUUUUCGGAGAUGCAGUCUCCCGAAAAUAUGAAAGGAAGGCUGACAGUGUGGCAAGCAACACCGCCACUUCAGCGGAAAAUCAGUCUGCACCGACACCGUUCAAAGUUGGUCAGCAUCCCGACUCUGUACUGAAGCUGCGUACGGUAUUGGAAGUUAAUCCUUUCCAGUAUCCCGGAUGCACGACAAAACGAGCAGAAGCGUGGAAGCGAGCCGUGGAACUGGUGUACAAAAAUUCCAACAUCGUGUGUCGGGAAGAUUCGCUUCGGCAACUGACACGGCGUUGCAUUGCGGAGUACGAGUGUAGGCUGAAGGGCAAUGUGCUUUGUUCACCCGACGAUUUAAUACUGGACGAGGUUGCCCGCGAGUUGUAUCUCCUAUCACAGAAGCAUGCAGACAUCAACACUGCGGAUGGCAACAGAAAGCGAAAGAACAUCUCAUCGGAGGAUGACGAGGACUCCAUCGGUGCGUUGUCCGACUUCCUGGAGGCAUCGGAUGGUGAAUCGGUAGACGAAGCCGAUAAGACACCGAAAUUCGGGCGCAAGCACAAACCGGGCACCCUGGAGAAACUGCGCAUCGUGUUGGAUGUGAAUCCGUUUCAGUUCCCCAGGGGGUCCAAAGAAACUGGUGCCGCUUGGAAGAAAGCCGCUGAAUUAGCGGAAACUGAAUACCAGCUGGUCAGCAGUGGGGAUGCGAUCAAAAUUUUAGCCAACCGAUGCAUUGCGGAGUACACGAUGCUGCUAAAGGCACGGAAUGCUGAUCUGGAGAAUCCUCCACUGACCGCUGAUUUCUCUCCCGCCGAAGUAGUUGCACGGCAGCUGUAUCUGCUGUCGCGCGCGCGCACAUCGACUACGGACAACACCGACGGCGGACGGAGGAAGCGAACCGAGCUGUCCACAGACGACGAUGCAGAUUCAGUUAGUAUUUUGUCGGAGAGCGGGGCAGUGGCUCCUUGUAGCUCUUCAAAGCUUGCAAAAACAGGCGAGGAAGUUAUGCAGUGUGGAAACAGCGAGGAGUAUGGGGGCGAGAACGGUCUACCGUCGUCCGACGGAACUACGACGGAUUGGCGUUAUGGAAAAUUUUGGUGUUCGGAAUGCUUGGUCUUGCUGGAUACGCCCUGCUUAAUUCACCGCGUACUGUGUGCAGAUGCGCCCUUUAUUCCCAGAGCGUAUGCUUCUCUACCGCAUAAUUUACGGUUAGAUCUCGGGAAACACGAUACAGGGCCAAAACGAAUAGUGGCAAAAGGCGAUAUUGAGCCGCAGUCAAUUUUCGGACCACUGUAUGCACCGCGGAGGAAGGCAGUACAGAAGGAUUUUAAAUACGCCACCGUAAUGCGUGAUGUCAAUGGAAAUGAAAUAAUGUGGUACUUCAACCUGGAAUGCGAUGAUACGUCCAACUGGAUGAAAUUUGUACGAAUGGCUGAUACUGUUGCGGAGCAGAAUCUAGCAGCAUAUUGGGCUGAUGGGGAAGUGUAUUUUGCUGCGAUAAGGAAAAUACAACCUGGAGAGGAAUUGAAAGUAUGGUACUCGACGAGUUAUGCUGCGUUGAUUGGCAAAGAUAUGCUUGGCACUGGAGAGAUGCGGUGUCAGAAUCGAGCACUGCUGCCGCUAAUUAAUUCAGAUGAUGGUAUGGCUGGUUAUGAAACUGACGUCGACGAAGCCGAAAACAGCACGGGAAUGUUUGCUGCGAACAGAGUAUUCGGAUGCGAUUUGAGCAAGAAUGUUCAGUACGAUGAUUUUAAAUGUGUGGACGUACGCGUAAACGAAGAAACAACCAUCUCAGUUGUGAUGAAGCGUAAUGCUGGUAUGCCUGGACUAUCAGGGAGUAUUCCUCCGGCCUUGCUGGCAACUAUCCCUAGCGGAAGCAAGAAUGCUGAAUGUGUUUCUCCAAAGUCUUUAGCGAAUUACAAGAACAGUACAGCUUUGCGUUCCAUCGCUCGAAAGAAUUUAUCAGCUUUCCCGCACGAAUGUGAAGUUUGCCAGGCAAGGUUCCGUACUGCCUAUCUUCUGAAGAUCCACCAAGUUCGCCAUCAACCGGAGGACUUUCCACCGCCGAAUAUCGCUUUAAUUUGUCCAGCUGGAUGCCGUCUGUCUCUUUUGUCAUUGGCUCAGCUGGUUGACCAUGUGGAUCAACAUACGGAAUAUUGGACGUAUCGUACCCAGCGCACGGCGCCCACAGAGUUAAAAUACCGCUGUGAAGACUGCAAUAAAUCUUUUUCCUGCCAGGAAAACUUGGACGUUCAUUGUCAAUACAGACAUUCGGACCUUGGAGGCGAUUUUGAAUGUGAAUACUGCAAAGAAAGAUUCAUGACAAAAGCUGGCUGCGUCGUGCAUGUGAAGCACGCCCAUUCGGGGAUGAAUGUCUUCAACUGCCCGGUUUGUUUGGAAACUUUUUCCACGAUUCCGCUUUAUAAGGAACACUCCGUAAUUCAUUGUGUGGAUGGAAAAUACCCGUGCCGAAUAUGUUCCAGGGAUUAUACAACUUUCAAACAGUUGCAGAUACAUAUGCGAACUACACACGUGCCAAAAAAACACAUUUGCUCGGUUUGCGGUCAGAUGUUCAGAACGGAAUGCCAGCUGACCUAUCACGGUAGAAUUCACAGCAACGAACUACAAUACAAGUGCUCCUUAUGUCCAAAAGGAUUUCAGACUCCUCACAAUCUCCGUACGCAUUUAAUUGCUCAUGAUCCGAAGCACGCGGAAGCGCAGAGACGGGCUAAACAAAAACGUCGACAAUCCUUAACCCAGCAGUCACAUACUCCGCGAGCAAAGUAUAUUCCUCCGCGCGACCGGAUACGCUAUGAAGAUCUUCCAUAUAAAUGCGAGGAGUGUACGCUGGGCUUUAUGCGACGCGGCAUGCUUCUUAUGCACUUUCAAAAGUUUCAUCCUGGCAAAUCGUUUGAUAGUAUUCCACAGUAUGUUGAGCCACCGCCAUUGUUUAAGCUGUGAUUUAAAAUGGUCUGGUUUUGCCUACUCGAUUGUACUUGCAUUUAGUACAAGGCGGAAGUACUAGUUUAUUACGCGUUCUUCCAGAAAUGCAUUGUUGGAUGACUUGUGUGCAGAAUUUUAAGUUAACCGGUUUACUGAUAAACGUGCUAAGACUUAGGAACAAUGUCGCGUAGUCUAGUUGACCUUUGACUCAAUCAUACUUUAGCAAAAGUGCAGUACCGUUGGAGCCUUAAUUGCGUGUCUAUAUUCUCGGGCAGCACAAACCGCAGUAU